UUUUCAUUUUUAAUGCUUUAUUUUAUUCAGCGCUUGAUCUGACCUAGACAUUGGGAAACUAUCAUUUAUGUGUAGCAGACAAGCAAUCUAUAGCUGCUGUGGAGCUGCUGCUGUGUUUUGGAAAAUAAACCAGGAUUACAUUAUGUCUGAUCACUUUCCAUAUUACAUGAUGAACAGCGAUUCAGAAGAAGCAUAAAAUGAAUCCCGCCGAGCAGCCCCUUAGCUACCAUGUUGUUAACUGGCGGUUUCCUUCCCUCCCUCCUAUGUCUUCCUCAUUAGUGUCUAUGACUGAAGAGGAUCAGCUAAGAGUGGUUCCUUGCAGCUUAAAGGAAGGGAUUUUUCACACUCUGUCUUGGUAUCAGAAGUUGAAUUCAUGAACACAAUUUAGACAGAAGUCAUGGGAUGUAGCAGUUCUUCAUCGAAAGACAAAAGAUCUGAGACAAUGCUAAAAGCCACAUUGAUCAUCCAGAACUGGUACCGAGGUAACAGAGCUAGGCUGAAGGCCAGACAGCAGUAUGCCCUUGCCAUCUUCCGGUCUAUCGAAUAUGCUGAUGAACAAGGCCAAAUGCAGCUAUCCAGCUUCUUUUCCUUCAUGUUGGAAAACUACGCACAUGUACAUCAGGAUGAUCCAAAAUUAGUAAAUCGACUUGUUAAAAUCCAACAUGACAUCAAGAAUAGUCGGGACUUGGUGGACUUGAUAGUUGUCCCAGACUCUUAUGAUGGUCCUCGGUUGCAAUUUCCUCUUACUUUUACUGAUAUUGUUUCACUUGUGGAGGCCUUCAAGCAACAACAGAUACUUCAUGCUCAUUAUGUCUUAGAGGUGCUAAUUGAAACCAAGAGAGUUCUGAUGCAAAUGCCGAAUAUCACUCACGUAAAAACUUCUCCCUCCAAAGAGAUAACAAUCUGUGGUGAUUUGCAUGGGAAACUGGAUGAUCUUUGUUUGAUCUUCUAUAAGAAUGGUCUUCCCUCAGAGAACAACCCAUAUGUUUUUAAUGGUGAUUUUGUAGAUCGAGGAAAAAAUUCCAUAGAGAUCCUAAUGAUCUUGUUUGUGAGUUUUCUUGUGUUUCCUGAAGACCUGCACUUGAACAGAGGAAACCAUGAAGAUUUUAUGAUGAAUCUGAGGUAUGGCUUCACAAAAGAAAUUUUGCAUAAAUAUAAGCUACAUGGAAAAAGAAUCUUACAAAUCUUGGAAGAACUCUAUACAUGGCUCCCAAUUGGUACGAUCAUUGAUGAUGAAGUCCUGGUCAUACAUGGUGGGAUAUCAGAGUCCACAGACUUGAAUUUACUCCACCGUUUAGAAAGAAACAAAAUGAGAUCUGUGCUGAUACCACCAAUGAAAGAUAGUGGAGAGUACGCCACUGACUUGAAGCAAAACAAAGUAGGUGAAACUGUUACUGCGCCUGGGAGAAUCAAACCAAAUGAAUCCCCUUCUGAAGAUUUAUCAGUGUGUGAAUGGAAACAGGUUAUUGAUAUUCUGUGGAGUGAUCCCAGAAGCAAAAAAGGAUGUUACCCAAAUACAUGUCGAGGAGGGGGCUGUUAUUUUGGACCAGAUGUUACUGCCAGGAUUCUUAGUAGACACCAGUUGAAGAUGCUUAUUAGGUCUCAUGAAUGUAAGCCCGAAGGAUAUGAAAUCUGCCAUGAUGGGAAGGUUGUUACUGUAUUUUCUGCUUCUAAUUAUUAUGAAGAAGGCAGCAAUCGAGGGGCUUAUAUCAAACUGAGUUCUGGUAUGAAUCCUCAAUUUUUCCAGUACCAAGUAACUAAGGCAACAUGCCUGAAGCCUUUUUACAAAAGAGUGAACACUUUGGAAAUGAGUGCCAUCAAGAUAUUGAAAGAGAGAAUUAUUGCACGAAAAUCGGACCUCAUUUGUGCUUUUCAACUUGAAGACAAAAAAAACUCAGGACAAAUUUCUGUGAGCCAAUGGGCUUUUUGCAUGGAGAGCAUUUUGAGGCUGAACUUACCAUGGAGAUCCCUGAGUUUGCAUCUGGUAGACAUAGACAGAGAUGGAAAGGUUGACUACAUGUCCAGCUUCCACGAUAUCCACAUUGAAAAACCUGUGAAAGAGGUUCAUUCUGCUUUAAUUGAAACUCUGUACAGAUACCGAUCUGACCUGGAAACCGUAUUUAAUAUAAUUGACUCUGAUCACUCAGGCCUUAUCUCCAUGGAAGAAUUUCGUGCUAUGUGGAAACUUUUUCGUUCUCACUACAGUGUUCCUAUUGAGGAUUCCCAAGUUGAUUAUCUCGCCAACGCAAUGGAUGUAAACAAAGAUGGAAGCAUCGACUUUAAUGAGUUUUUAAAGGCUUUCCAUGUAGUGCAUAGAUAUGAGAAGUUGAAAAAAGAUGUCAACUUUGGCUAA